GUGUUAAAGUAAGCUAGUUGGUAUCAUAUCUUUAAAGCCAGCCUUGCACUAUAACCCACCUAUAGAAGGGGAAAGAGAGCCAUCGUUGUAAAGAAAAAAAGGAGAAUUGCAAGAAGAAAAGAAGGGGGAAGUUGAGGAUGGCAUCAAUGGAAACACCAAAGCAGAUAUGGGAACACCAGCAAUCUCAGAUGCAGCGUGUAAAGAACUCGGGAAUCAUCGUUAGCAAUGAAACUCCGAUGAAAGAUGGCAAGGAAGAGGAAAUGGCCAAAUCUGCAUUGGCACUGUUUCGAGCCAAAGAAGAGGAGAUUGAGAGGAAGAAGAUGGAGGUGAGGGACAAGGUUCAGACAUACAUGGGACGCGUCGAAGAAGAAACACGACGCUUGGCCGACAUUCGACAAGAGCUUGAUGCCCUCAUAGAUCCAUUGAGGAAGGAAAUCGGGUUUCUGCGCAAGAAGAUCGAUACCGUCAACCGGGAGCUGAAACCGCUGGGACAGAGCUGCCAGAAGAAGGAAAGAGAAUACAAAGAAGCUCUUGAAGCCUUCAACGAGAAGAAUAAGGAGAAAACACAACUAGUUAGCAAAUUAAUGGAGCUGGUGAGUGAAAGCGAGAGAUCGAGGAUGAAGAAGCUGGAGGAGCUGAGCAAAAGUAUUGAAACCCUUAGUUAAAUUCGAUUCUGACUAAACCAACGUGAUGUGGCGUUGCGUGCUGUAAUUUGACCCAGUUUCUGUUUGUUUGAUAUUUUCAAUUGUUUAU